UCUUUUAUUAGAAGAUAAAAUUAUACAACGUUUGAGGUAAGAAAUUUGGUCUUACAUUUAGUCUUAAAAGUUUCAUACUUUUUGACUCAGUCAUAUCAUUUAUAGGAACAUAAGGCUAUAUCCUAAACAAUUACCAGAAAGGGGCUAAAAUUUUUUUAUAGGACUGUUAUCCUCAGUAUUAUGAAAGCAAACACUUGGGGAAAAAAUAGUCCACCAAUUGAAGAAUGAGUAAACAAAUACUGGAAAACUCAAAUAUGGAAUAUUUUGUAGCAACCAAAAAUCAUUUAAUUGAGGACCUUCAUUCUGACCAUCCCUGAAUUUCAGCUCUUGCAUUUACCAGAAACUCUAGCAGUGACAAUGGCAAUCUCAUUUGAGAUUGAAUUAGGGUUAGACAAUCCACAGACCCUUCUCUGAAGGUCAGACUGGAUUCCUUUUUCCCAUUCAUUUACUUCUUUUUUGAGGACGCAUUCUAAUUAACAGCACGUGUGCCCCACCACAAACUGAAGAAUUCCCUGCUCCCCUAAACCGAGAAGGGGAGGCCAAAAGUCUUUUCCGGAAAUUGCUAUGAUCCCUGGGAAGGAUUCAGGUUUCAGACGGGAACACGGAGACUCUACGGUUCUGAUAGGGCAGAAUUCUGGUGGUGUCCUCAGUAAAGGAAGAGAAGGAGUUAACAGAUCCAGCUCUCAGCCGCCCAUUGUAAUGAGGGAGGAGUAACAGGGAAAGGCCUAGAGUAAACAAUUUAAGCUCAUAUGGCACCUCCUUCCCCAGAUAUCCCAUCAAGAUAUUUGGCUACUUUUCUUUUCUGUCACUCAUGUAGCAGAACCUUCAGCCACUUUUUAUUAUUUUAUUAUGGAAAACAGACCCAACGCCUGACCCCACGGGUUUCCGGUCUCCAGGGGGAGAGAGACCCACAUUUCACACACGCAAUUAAUUACUAGUGGGGCAGAAUUUACCAAGACAGCUGACCCGAAGUCUGAAGUUCUGAGAGUGGAUGUUCUAUACUGCUAUUCUAAAGCAGUCCAUUGAAGACUUGAACAAAUGGGCCCUAUUUCUUGUUUCUCCUUUUAUACUUGAAGCAGAACACAUAGCAUUUGUGACAGAGAGCAUUUGGGUACAAGGUGAGACUUUACAGAGACCAUCUUCCUCUUCAGAAACAAUUGUGAAGUGGUCAGACUGUUGCUUGCCAUUAGCUUGCAGACCUGGGGAGCCUUAUCGAUUAAUUGCUGAAGCAAGUGUGGAUGAUUUCAGCAAACUGGGGGUGGCGUUCAUGGAAGAUAGACUCCAGAUGGAUAAUGGACUGAUACCCCAAAAGAUUGUUUCCGUGCACUUGCAGGACUCUGCUUUAAAAGAACUUAAGGAUCAGGCCUCAAACAAGCCAGCUCAAGUCCUGCAGCCGAGCCCUGAACCUGCUCUGGAGAUUGAGCCCAAGCAGGACAUCAUGGAGCACGUUGGCAAAGAUGGCCCAAGGGUUCUUGGUGAAGAACCGCAGCAGAGGAGAGGCAGUGCCUCUGGGAGUGAGCCUGCGGGGGACAGUGACAGGGGAGGGGGCUCUGUUGAGCAUUAUCACCUCCAUCUGUCUAGUUGCCAUGAGUGUUUGGAACUAGAGAACAGCACCAUUGAGUCAGUCAAGUUUGCAUCUGCAGAGAACAUUCCAGAUCUUCCCUAUGAAUCCAGCAGCAGUUUAGAGAGUGUUGCUGAUGAGACCUGCCCUGAAAGGGAAGAGAGGAGAGUCAAUAACACGGGAAAGGCACCCAACAUUCUCAUCUACGUGGGCUCUGACUCCCAGGAUGCCCUCGGCCGGUUCCAGCAGGUCCAGUCUGUCCUGGCUGACUGCGUGGACACUGACAGUUACCUUCUCUACCACCUGCUGCAGGAAAGUGCUCUCAGAGACCCGUGGCCAGACAAUUGUCUGUUGUUGGUCCUGGCCACCAGAGAGUCCAUUCCCAAAGAUCUGCACCAGAAGUUCAUGGCCUACCUUUCUCAGGGAGGGAAGGUGUUGGGCCUGUCUUCGUCCUUCACAUUUGGUGGCUUUCAGAUGACAUGCAAGGCUGUCCUGCAGAAAACAGUCCAGAACUUGGUUUUCUCUAAGUCUGACCAGAGUAAGGUGACGCUCAGCAUCCUAAGCAGUGGCUGUGUUUACGAGGAGGUCCCUGGAGAGCGGCUUAGUCUGGGCAAGCUCCAGGGCCACCUCGAGAACAAGGACCAGGACAGGAUGGUUAUCCAAGUGCCUUUUGGAGCGUGUGGAGGAGAAGCUGUUCUUUGUCAGGUUCACUUAGAACUACCUCCCAGCUCCGACAUAGUGCAAACUGAAGAAAAUUUUAACUUGCUGAAAUCGAGCAAUAUUAGAAGAUAUGAAGUCCUUAAAGAGAUUCUCACAAGCCUUGGCCUCAGCUGUGACCUAAAACAAGCUCCUGCCUUAACACCUCUUUACUUGCUGGUGGCUACGGAGGAAAUCUGGGAUCCUCUUAUGCAGUGGCUGGGGAAGCAUGUGGGUCCUGAAGGAGUAAUAAAAUCCAGCAAGCUCUCUCUUAAAUUUGUUUCAUCCCGCACAUCUGAGAUAGAAAUAACCCCGUCUUUUAUACCUGUGAUUACUGACACGGAGACCUUCUCAUCAGAAAAUUUUAACUUGGAAAUAUAUCGGCAAAAUCUGCAGACGAAGCGAUUUGGAAAAAUAAUUCUGUUUGCUGAAGUGACCCCCACGACAAUGAGUCUGCUGGACGGGUUGAUGUUUGAGAUGCCGCAGGAAACGGGAUUAAUAGCCAUCGCGGGCCGGCAGACGCAGGGCAAAGGGCGGGGAAGGAAUGCAUGGCUGAGCCCCGUGGGAUGCGCUGUUUCCACUCUGCUCAUCUCCAUCCCACUGAGAUCCCAGCUUGGUCAGAGGAUUCCGUUUGUCCAGCAUCUGAUGGCCCUGGCGGUCGUGGAAGCAGUGAGGUCCAUCCCCGAGUAUCAGGACAUCAACUUACGGGUGAAGUGGCCCAAUGACAUUUAUUACAGUGACCUCAUGAAGAUCGGUGGAGUUUUGGUUAAUUCAACGCUUAUGGGAGAAACAUUUUAUAUACUUAUUGUUGUUUGCUUUCGUCCAGGCUGUGGAUUCAAUGUGACUAACAGUAACCCUACCAUAUGCAUCAAUGACCUCGUCGCGGAAUACAACAAGCAGCACCGGGCGGAACUGAAGCCCCUGAGAGCUGAUUAUCUCAUUGCUAGAACUGUGACCGUGCUGGAGAAACUGGUGGACGCCUUUCAGGACCAGGGGCCCAAUGCCGUUCUUCCCCUUUAUUAUAAAUAUUGGGUACACAGUGGUCAGCAAGUCCGUCUGGGAAGCACCGAGGGCCCAAAGGUGUCCAUAGUCGGCCUGGAUGACUCUGGCUUCCUUCAGGUCCACCAGGAGGGUGGCGAGGUGGUGACUGUGCACCCUGACGGGAACUCCUUCGACAUGCUGCAAAACCUCAUCCUCCCCAAACAGCACUAGGCCCGGGGCCUGGCAGGUGGCCUGGGCCUGCCGCCCUGACUCACAGGGCCAGCUCGUGGCCAGCGGGCAAGGACACCACUGGACUGCCUCGGGUUAGGGCUGGGUACAGAGCUGGGUAUGGAGCCACCUCAGCCAGCAUUCCGCCUCCAUCCUGUACCUGGCCUUGCCCAUCUAGAAACCCAAGGUAGAGUGUAGAGUGUAGGUGAAGUUUCUCUUAUUCCAGGUCACUUGUUAACUUUUUCAUGUGUUAAUUAUUUGGUUUUUUUUUUUUUAUUUUUUUUUUUAGGUUCAUUUUGUUGUCAUUUUAUUUGGUGUUUGAAGAGGCUCUGGGAUAGAGGGUUGAAGAAUGGAAGGUUUAACUUAGAUAAAGCUCCCUCCUGUAGGUGAAGUCUCCUAGGUUUAUGUUUAUGCGGUGGGCUGGGGCUGGAGUUACAUGGAAAUAGCAGUGGAAUAAUUGAAAUAUUUCCCCAGUAGUGGAGACCUUUACCCUUAGACUAUUAAAAAGCAAAUCAAAAAAUGCUCUCAAGCCCAGGCCAGCGAUGAAUUAGAGAGGAAUGACGGUAUCACUGUUUGUAAGCAUCUAGGGAGGGAUUUUCCUGUAAGAACAUACAUGAACACUUAGUCAUUGUUUUAUUUAUUUAUUUUGUUAAUGGAGAAAAGAGAAAACAGACUUCCAGGGGUUAUUCUCCGCCUGGUGGUGGUAUGCUCCAAUAACAGUGUCUGAAUGGUUACUGAGAUACACCCAACUGAUACUUUGCACUGAUGUGUAGAGGAAUCAGUUAAGUACUUGGAUAUUAUUUGAUGAGAAUUUAAAUUUACUGCAUAUUGUGAGGAGAUGGCGUCAAGCUCAAGAUCUUUAGAGCAUUGAUUAGGCACCACCUGGCUGUGGGGGUGGAUGAUUUGGCCCUGACAGCCGGAGAUGAAGUCUCACUCUCGCACCCCAUGUAAGGGAGGAUUCGGGGCUUUUAAGCCAUUUUCAGGUUCACUUUGAAAUGGGGAGCAUUCCUGCAAGACUUCGCAGAGCACAGAAUGUAGAACACUCGUUCUUGGCAUUUUAUUUGUAAGUCAUUAUCUUUCAUUCACUAGUCUUUACAUUGCCAAGAAAGAAAACAUCGUCAGUACUGAAUACCGUCAGCUCAGAAAUUGUGUGUGUGCGCGUGCGUGUGUGUGGCGUGUGUGUGCGUGCGUGUGUGUGUGGCGUGUGUGUGUGCACACACAGCAUUAAGACAGUCAAAAUCUCAUGCCCUAAAAGUCUCCAUGGAAGAACAAAAGAAAGGAAGCCUCUUGAUAUACGUUUGCUAUCUCCAGAUGUACUCCAUGCUUUUGCCAUGUCAUUCCUAUCUCUGUUGAACUUAUGAAUCACACCCAUUACUUUUCAGCCUUCAAAGGAGAGUUUUUGUCUACUUUUCUGUCUUCCUGCCAGGCCCAACUGAAAUUACUGGAAAGAAAGUUUGAAGGAGCUUUCAGCUUUGAACAAAAUUCCUUCACCAUCUUUAUCCAGGUCUUACCCUGUCAGGCUAAUUCCAGAAACUUGUGGGUUUUGGUGUAAAAUCUGUCUACCUUUAGCCAGGCAGAAACAGCCCCAUAGAAAGAAAAAAAAAAAAAAAGACAUGUUUAGUAAAAUAUACCAACUCAAUAUGUAUUUUUUUUUUGAAAUGUAACUUUAAAAGCAAUUUUUGCAAGUAAGGCUUCAAUUAGAAUUAUUUUUCUAAAAAAAAAAAAAAAAUGACUGUCUUCCUAAAUGCCAAGUCUUCUUUUGGAGUUAGUGACAAAAGUAAAUAAAAGUCCACAUUACCCUAAAAUUACAGAAGGGACUCACCCUUGAGAGGGCAUCUGCGGAAUAUCAGCAGGGACAAAGAUCUCCAGGCUAAGGAGGCAAGUCUCAUUUCUCAAACUUUGCAAUGUAAGGCAAGUCCUCUCUCAGAGCUGCCAUCGUUACUUUUUGAAUGUCUUGGGGGGUUAUUUAAUGAAAAACAUGCUGUGUUUUGUUUUAAGCUGAAGUUCUAUUCUGGACAUUUUGCUUUGGGAAAAAUGUUAUCAUUUAAUUUCCUUUCUGCAAAUUAAAACUAAUGAAGUGUGGCCACGUCAGAGGACACGGAGAUGUUCAGGGCACGCUGCUUUUCCCCUGCGCUUCCUAAUAGUCUGUUCUUCCUUGAGCAGGAGACCCUGUUGUCUUAAGGGAGACAAAAUAACCCUGAACCAGAUGCUGUGGUUUCCGUAAACCUGAUUUUGCCUCCCCUAAACCAAAGAAACCUUGAAAUUCUGCUUUACAUGGAAUAGCUGAAUGAAGGCAUUUUACCUCUAGCUGUUAGUGCCCAGGAAACCCAUCCGCCUACUGCGCCUCACUCUAGGAUUUGGGCCAUUUGUGUACCCUGCCUUCUGUCAUCUAAGGAGCUUUAGAAGUCUUAAUGGAAACAUCGGAUUACUUUAUGCAUAAUCUUUUAAACAAGGCCAUUGAACUCAGAAUGGGUAUGCACUUUUAAAAGAUCUGUUUAUCCCUCAGUUAGAGGCUGUGGGUUGAGUGUCCAUAGUGUUUUGGCAAGACGUGGGCUGGGGGCAGUGCCUGUGGCUCAGCAGGUAAGGCGCCGGCCCCAUGUGCCGAGGGUGGCGGGUUCAAACCCGGCCCGGGCCAAACUGCAACAACAACAACAACAACAACAACAACAAAAAAUAGCCGGGCGUUGUGGCGGGCGCCUGUAGCCCAGCUACUGGGGAGGCUGAGUCAAGAGAAUCGCCUAAGCCCAAGGAUUUGGAGGUUGCUGUGAGCUGUGUAACACCACAGCACUCUACCAAAGGCAAUAAGGUGAGACUCUGUCUCUACCAAAAAAAAAAAAAAAAGACGUGGGCUGGUAGAUUUUCAGGGAGACUCUGGGGACAUGCUUCCUGAAAUAGGACACAGCAAUCACUAGGCUUCCAGUGCGUCCCCAUUCCCAAAUAGUGCGUCUUAGCAUCAGGAGUGCUGGCAGGGCGUGAUGGAAAGAAGGACUUGUAUCUGACCAAAAUCAUCAGUGGGUUUCCCUACAGCACACUGAUGUCACCUGAUGUGGGAGUUGGAGCCAGGAGCCUGACUGAGGUGUGGGUUAGAGGUGGGUGCAUAGGACCAGCUGGGAGAGACCUAGCCAAAGGGCGCAGUGUCUGGAGGUCCUACUACCUCUGACAUAUACAGCACAGCUUUCCUCACCCUGGAGUCUGGGAACAAGGAGGAAAGCCAGCCUCACCCAGCAGUUUCAGAGUGCAAAAUGGAGUGUCCUAGGCUCACAUUCCCUGGAUCUACUUGCUCCCAACAGGCAAAAAAAAAAAAAAACAAUGGAGUGUCCUUAUUCCUGGUUAAUUACUGUGCAUAUUUGAAAUAAAGUGUAAACGUUUGCAUUUUUAGCUUUUCAAAGAAUGCCUCUGAAAAAAUCACUUUAAUCCAAUGCCUAUAAAGAGCAAGUCUACUGAAAUAAACUUUUAAGACUUUC